AUGUUCGAUUAUCCUCCAUGGAUUAAAAAAAGGUCACCAAAGCCCGAUGUGCUAUUCAGACAGGCCCGUUCAACCGUCAAUGAACUGUGGAGACUGACUACUGCACACUUCCCCACCCGCAACCAGACAUCACCAUCAAUAACCCACUUAAACACUCUCCUAUCUCAAGCUACACUUCACCUCACGGCGAGACUGGAUCUGCUCGACAAACUCAGUGGUCAGCGUGAGAGUAGACGUCAGAAGGUGGAUGCAUUGAGCUCAGAACUGCGACACCAAAUUUCGAGGAUACAGAAUCCUCCCGACUGCAGUCAGUCGCGCUUCGCUCUGACAGAACUGCGUUAUAGCUGCGGGUUUGGAUGUUCUGCUCAUCACAUGGUUCUGAAGUUUUCAUUUGCCUUCGCAACUAAUCGCACUCUGCUGCUGCAACACAAUGAUUGGAAGGACUUCUUUCUGCCCUACUCUAACUGCUCGCUGAAUCACAUUGAACGACAUUCAGACAUUCCUUACAUAGAAAACGGCCUUCUGAAUAUAAGCACACGAUAUUAUGCCCCUGCUAUGCCAACUCAGUGGUCCGGCAAACUAGGUACGACAUUGGGUGAUCCCUUUCCGUGGUACCGUGGCCAUCUGUUGGAGUACAUGCUUCGUCCAAAAGAUCUGGCCGUCCGCCGUGAAGUCGAAAUGGAUUUACAGGCCAUGAAGCAAUUUUCAGAUACCCAAUCAUACGAAGGACCGAUCGCCAGCAUACACAUUCGUCGAACCGAUAAACUCCUUUCUGAGGCAAAGCUAUAUUCACUAGAGGAGUAUAUGUUUCACGUCGAACGCUUCUUUGAGUUGAAGGAGGUGGAAUUUGGUUUGAAAACUGGCAGUACAAGACCACCACCGUGGUCUCGAAGACGACGCGUCUUCUUGGCUUCUGAUGAUGCAUCCGUUUUCGAGGAGGCCAGAUCCCAAUACCCGAGAUACGAAUUUUUUGGUCGACGGAGAAAUGGAAGUAGGUAUGAGGAUCGUUGGUCUACCGUAGGGCUGUUUGCCAUCCUCGUGGAUCUGCAUCUUUUGGUAUCGGCCGACUUCCUCGCCUGUACCGCCAGCUCCAAUGUUUGCAGGCUCGCCUAUGAACUCCUCUCGGCAAAGUCCCCGAUUCAUGGCGAUGCCUCAUUCCGGAUGCAGUCGUUGGAUCAGAUGUACCAAUGCGUCCAUUCGCAAAGACGCUGGUGGAGAGCCAUUGCAGACUUCAGGCAAGAGGACGUGAAGUUGUGGGACCUAGUGUCAAUCUCAUCAACAAAGUGGGACGGCUUUGUCCAGACGGCCUGGUCACUGUACAGAACUCGUGAGGAUGCACUACCGGCUUAUCUAUUUGAAGAGGUUCUUCAAUCUAUCUAA